AUGAAAGCAGGUGAACGCAAGCACAUGCAAACCUUUCCACAUAUGCUGUGUGGCUGCUGACGCUUAGAAGAAGGCCGGGCAGUGCCUUCACCAACGCAGAUUGUAGUAACAUCAGAAAAUUUCCAAACUAUCUUGCAUUGGCAGUACCCACCUAUGUCUGAAAAUCCUAAUUUUAUUGUGGAAAUCAAACCUUACAAUUUAGGUUACUAUAAGAUCGUCUCAACUUGUGUGAACAUUUCAGCUCAUUUCUGUGAUCUCUCAAGGGAAAUAUAUGAGCCUUUUGCCUCUCACUGGCUUCGAGUUAAAGCUGUUGUUGGGUCACAACAGUCUGAGUAUGUAGAGACGAAUGAGUUUAUUUUGCAAAAGCAUGGAAAAAUAGGACCACCAAAACUGAAUCUCUCAAGGCAUGGUGAUAAAAUCAUGGUUGAUAUUUACCAUCCUGCAUUCCCAUCUGUGGAGCAUCUUCCUUGGAUCAGACACAUUUAUUCAGAGCUCGUGUACUUGGUGACUUUUUGGGAUCGUAAAAAUCAGAGUAAAGAAGAGUUCCCUGAAGACAACUGUACGAUGUAUAAAUGUAUCCUCAACAUCCCAGUUCCUGCUGAAGGUUCCACUUACUGUGUUUCAGCAAAGGGAAGUUUAUAUGGCGAUCUGAUGGUUGGCGCCCCAUCAGAAGAAAGCUGCAUUCAUAUUCCUCUCAAGCAGACAUUGAGCACACAAUAUAUCAUCAUUCUGUGUGGUGUUAUUUUGAGCCUCAGUCUAAUGUUGACAGUGUGUUGUGGCUGCAAGCAACUAAGGAAGAAGAACAUAAAGCUGCCUAAGUCUUUGGUCACUGUGAUAAGAAACCUGAACACAGACAGCAUUCUAGAAUCAAAAUCAGAGGCAAAAUAUGUAUCUGUAAUAAGCUUCACGCCAGGCCAGUCAGAGUUGCCACUGAAUGAUGAAGUAACCUUGCUGGAGGUAGAGGCAAAAGAAGAAACUGUUCGUCCUGAGAAUUCCAGUGAAGGAGCAUCUUCUAUUCCUUCCCCAGAGGCACCAGCCAAAGCAGAAGAGGUGUCUGUGCAGGAAAGCACAGAGGAGGUAUCUUCUGAUGAUGAACAGAAUUGCAAAGUAAAAGAGAGUUAUUUCAUUUCUAACAGUGGCCAAAUGGAUAUAUGCAGUAACUCUUCAGGUCCAGAGGUUUCUGCCACAGAAAUACAACAAACAGUCAUUCCAAGCAGCUGUCUCAAGUUUUCUGGCUAUGACAAGCCUCAUGUUCCAUUAGAUAUGUUGAUAGAUGUUGGUGAAGAGCAGCCUGUGAUUGCUUACAGACCAACUGACUAACUAGGAUAGCUGAAGUGUUUAACCAGAAUUCGGGAAGAAUGGCAUUACUGAAGAUUAUGGAAAGUCUGGGUUAUAUUAUGAACAUCUACAAGUUGUACUUGUUCUGAUCCAACCAGAGUAAUUAGUACACAACUUAGUACAGUGGGAUCCUGAAAUGGGACUGAAAGUAGUGCCUGAGAACAGCAUAAAAAGUGGGGAGGAAUUUCACAAUAACCACUUUUAGAAAUGUUUGUGUAUAUGACAUAACUCACGAUUUCCUAUUUGAAAUAGCACUCUGGUUUUUUAACAGUACUCUAUGGAGAGCAGACUUCAUGAAGGAGUAUAAAACAGCAGCUGUAUCAUUAUUCGCUUCUGUUUCAAAUCCUGUUCAAAGUUAAUUCGAUGAACAUAAUGCUUAAGUGGUCCUUCACUUGGUUAUGAUAGAGAUGUGCAAGAAAUAUUUGAGAGUUUUUGCCUGUAUUGGAGGUAUUCUCUUGCUUGUCUUUUGAAGAGUAUUUUUGUAUUAAACGAAAUGCUACUAUUUCUUUUAGGUAAGAAUGUCUAUAACCUUUUCCUGUAUAUCUUAAGAAUUUGAUUCCAUGGCCAAGAACCAGUUAGUUACAGCCUUUUCUGCAACUAGAAGUAUGUACUUCCAGGACCAUUGCUUUGUACAUUUCAGUGAGUAAACAAUAGAGUUUUUCCUUUGUAAUGUAAGUCCUGUGACUAAAAAAGCUAUUUUUAAA